CUGUAAAGUGGGUUGCUUUUUAGGAAAACACAAAACCUCCUCUUUUAGCCUGAAAUAUCCGUCUGAGAAGGUGAAUUUAUGAUUAAUAUGACUUCUAAGGGAACCGAUUUGUUGGAAAAGUGCCAAAUAUGUGAGAAAUCACAGAAACUUUGGAAACCCAAUGAAGAAGAAUUGAGACAUCUUCAAGACAAGCUGGAAUCAUUGACCAAUUCUGGGAAUCAACAUAGCAAUUGGUUGCAAUCACUGUGCACGGAUUGCAAGAAGAGACUCGAUGAUUUGUGGGAGUUCAAAAUCCUCUGCAAGAAUGCGUACAGGAAGUAUCUGGAUAUCCAAGAGGCUCAGGAAAUGCCGGAUGACUAUGAUAUGUCUUCUUACGAUGUGAAGGAUGAUUACGAAGACAGCGAAAAAGAUCGCAAGAUCUUCCCCACUGAGAAAAUGGACGAAGAGGAAGAAGAGAAGAAGUACUUCCAAUCAUUUGAAAUGGUCAUGCUUGCAGAAGAGACCACCAUCGAUAUGGAUUUACAGCGGAAGCGCAAGAAGCCGAAGAGCAGCGAAAAGGCACCGGAAAGACCCAAAAAGAAGAGGAAAAGGCCAGAGAACAAGGUGGGGAAGAUACACAAGGAAAGCAGACAGAAGCUAAGUUUGCCCGGACCGUACACAUGUGCUAUUUGUGACAAGCAGUUCAUCGCGAAGCAGAACAUAAGGCAGCACGUUGUUGUUGUGCACAAGAAGACGCGAAACUUCCUAUGCAACUUCUGUGGCAGGAAAUGCGUGAAUCGCCAGAGCUUGAUUGUUCACGAGCAGACGCACAAUGAGAACAGACCUCGAGUGCCUUGUGAAUUCUGCAAAGAGACCUUCAGCACGAAGCACACCCUCAACAAGCACUUGAAGUUGGUGCACGCAGAGCUAAAACAGGAGGAGAGAUUCUGGAUCUGUCAACAGUGCAGCACAAUCACAGAGGGCAGAUAUGAGUACUACGAGCACCUCAAGACUCACACGGAUCUCGAUAGGUUCCGAUGCCGCUAUUGCAGAAGAGAGUUCAGCAGCAUUGACAUCCUGGCGCAGCACGAGAGCAUUCAUGUGGAUGAGAGGCCAUUUACGUGUAAGAUUUGCUCGAAAACCUUCAAGCAGAACGCCCAUUUGACGCGACACAUGAACAUUCACACCAGAGCAAGGAAGUUCCCAUGUAAUUUCUGCGAUAAGGUAUUCUCCCAGGCCAGCAAUCGCAAGGUACACAUAAGACUUCACACCGGAGAGACGCCUUACGAAUGCUCAAACUGCCGAAAGAGAUUCAGCGACAGGAAGCUGUUCAAGAAUCACUGCGUGAAAUGCUCAGGAUCGACGUAAGAUCAACAUUGAUUCUAUGACAAUAUCUAUUAUUUAUUUGAUGUGUGGUUUUUUGAAUCUUCUGAAUAAAAGCCAAUUAAUUCAUUCAUCAA